AUGCUGUUUGUUUUUGUAAAAGAUGAUUUAUUCCCCAUUAAUUCUCAGAAUAGUCCAAGUCCUACACGUUAUGAUAUAAAACGACUAGUUGUCGUACGUCCGAUUUCUUAUGGUUUCAAGAAUACUGGUCGAAUGAGACAAUGCUCAACAUUUACUAAUGAUGGUUUAUGGUUACUUCCCGGUGCCUAUAACGUUAAUGGAGUAGACGAAAAAUUAAAUCAAUGUCAUAGAACAUAUUCAUUUAAAAAUAUACCGAGAAAAUUUAAUGAUUUAUUGUUUGGUUUACAAGAUAAAAAUUUGUGUUUAGCUCCCGGUCAGUAUAACCCUUAUGGUGAAGAGCAGAUUAAAAAAACACAAUUGCCUUCAUAUCACAGUGUAUUUAAAUCAAAAUACCCCAGAUCUGUUUCAAGUCAAAAGCAAGAUAAUGUGCCUCCACCAGGUGCUUACAAUUUGUCAUUUAAUGAAACAUUUGGAAUAAUCUCUCCAUUUGUAUCACAGGUACCCAGAUUUAAACGUUCAAAAUCGUUUGUCCCAGGUCCUGGUACGUACAAUAUCAAUUGA